UCUGGGACUGUCCUUCCAUACAGCGGUUGAAACAUUGUAUCUAUUUGUUUCCAUAAAUGGAUCCAUUUAUGGAAACAAAUAGAUACAAUGUUUUCAACCGCUGUAUGGAAGGACAGUCCCAGAACUGUCAUUAAUAGUCUAUUUCUGACAGUUCUAAUGACAUUCCCCUCCAUACAGCGGUUGAAACAGCUGUAUGGAGUGAAUGUCCCAGAACUGUCAGAAAUAGUCUAUUUUCUGACAGAACUCUGCACAUACACUUUUUGCCCGGCUUGCAAUUAUUACUUAUUUUCAUCCUACUUCUUCUUCUUCUUCUUCUCAUCCUCAUCCUCUUCUUCUUCUUCU